AAUGUCUGAGGAGGAGGAUUUCUACCUGUUCAAGAAUCUCUCCUCUGUGGCGCCGUGGGAUGGACCUCAGUACCACAUUGCUCCCGUCUGGGCCUUCCACCUCCAGGCAGCCUUCAUGGGCCUCGUCUUCUUUGCAGGGACUCCGCUCAAUGCAGUAGUGCUGGUGGCCACGCUGCGUUACAAAAAGCUGCGGCAACCACUCAACUACAUCCUGGUCAAUAUCUCGCUGGCGGGCUUCCUCGCCUGCAUCUUCUCUGUCUUCAACGUCUUCAUCUCCAGCUGCUAUGGCUACUUUGUCCUUGGCCGCUUUGUCUGUAGUUUGGAGGCCUUCACGGGUUCUGCUACAGGACUGGUGACAGGCUGGUCACUGGCCUUCCUGGCCUUUGAGCGCUACAUUGUCAUCUGUAAGCCCUUCGGCAACUUCCGCUUCAGCUCCAAGCACGCACUGGUGGUAGUCCUGGCGACCUGGGUCAUUGGUGUCGGUGUCUCCAUCCCGCCCUUCUUUGGUUGGAGCCGGUUCCUCCCCGAGGGCCUGCAGUGCUCCUGUGGCCCCGACUGGUACACCGUGGGCACCAAAUACCGCAGCGAGUACUACACCUGGUUCCUCUUCAUCUUCUGCUUCAUCAUCCCUCUUUCCCUCAUCUGCUUCUCUUAUGCUCAGCUGCUGGGGACCCUCCGAGCUGUCGCUGCUCAGCAGCAGGAGUCGGCGACCACACAGAAGGCUGAGCGGGAAGUGAGCCGCAUGGUGGUGGUGAUGGUGGGGUCGUUCUGUGUGUGCUAUGUGCCCUACGCCUCCCUGGCCAUGUACAUAGUCAACAACCGCAACCACGGGCUGGAUUUACGGUUUGUCACCAUUCCUGCCUUCUUCUCCAAGAGCGCCUGCGUCUACAACCCCAUCAUCUAUUGCUUCAUGAACAAGCAGUUCCGAGCCUGCAUCAUGGAAAUGCUGUGCGGGAGGCCCAUGACUGACGAUUCUGAGCUGUCCAGCAGUCAGAGGACGGAAGUUUCCACUGUGUCUUCCAGCAAAGUUGGUCCCAGCUAA